GUCUCCUCUCUCCUGGAGGAGCCCUGCAGGGUAGAGGCCCUCAAGGCAAGAACCCUGAAGAAGUUGGUGGGCCACCUGGUACCUUCCCUGCUGCUUGGGGACCCACUCUUUGUCCCCAUCUUUCUGUGCACUUACCGACAGUUUGCUGCCACUCAGCAGGUGCUGGACCUGCUGUUCGCAAUAUAUGGCUGCAUCCUCCCCUACUCCAGUGAGGAUUGUGGACCAAAUGAUCAAUUCAAAAAGGCCAUCACCUCUGUCCUUGAUAUAUGGCUGGACCAGUAUUCAGAUGAUUUCUGUCAGCCUCCAGAGUUUCCCUGCCUCAAGAUGCUGAUGGCUUACUUGCAGCUUACCAUGCCUGGCUCAGACCUGGAUAGGCAUGCCCACCUUCUCCUGACCCAAUGGGAGCACUUCAAGCCGAGUGAAGGAGAGCAUUAUGCUGUAUCACCAGCUCCAGUGCUGGUCCUAAACCCAACUCCAGACCUUGAUCCAGGUCCCUCAGAGGCUCAAUAUCUGCAGCCAAACAUGGUUUCAAGCCCGUCACAAGAGACUUCCUGGCCUUCUGUUGUGGCCACCAAGAAUGAACUGCGCAUGGAGAAGCCUCACCUCUUAGCUUUCCCUCCAGACCUGGUGGCAAAGCAACUCACACUGAUGGAUGCUCUGUUCAAGAAGGUGGUACCAUACCACUGCCUCGACUCCAUGUGGUCUCAGCAGGACAUGAAGGGCAAGAAGUAUCUCGCCCCCACCAUCCGCAACGCCAUCACUCAGUUUGAAACUGUGGUCUCCUCUGUCAUCACCACCUGCCUGGGAGACCAGAGCCUGAAGGCCUCAGACAGAGCCCAGGUGGUGGAACACUGGAUUGAGGUGGCAAUGGAGUGUGGAGUCCUGAAAAACUUCUCCUCCCUCUAUGCCAUCCUCUCUGCUCUUCAGAGCAAUGCCAUCCACCACCUGAAGAGGACUUGGGAAGAGGUCUCCAGGGACAGCUUGAGAAAAUUCAAGAAGCUGUCAAAGACUUUCUCUCAUGAGUUUACCCAUGCUCGAAGGAGGGAGCUGCUCAGCAAGGGGAGGAUUUCUAAAUUUGCAGGCCUAGGGAAGAAACUCAAGAGAUCACAGAGGCAGCAGAAGGAGGUGGGUGAUAUCAAGGGAAUCAUCCCCUACCUUGGCACCUUCCUCACUGACCUGGAGAUGCUGGACAAUUCCAUGGAGGACUAUCUGCAUGGAGGAGCCAUUAACUUUGAGAAGAUGAGGAAGGAAUUUGAUGUCAUUUCUGAGAUCAAGCUGCUGCAGUCAGCCUGCAACAACUAUGAUGUUGACCCCCACGAGCACUUUGGGACCUGGUUCCGAGGAAUGGAGAGGCUCAGUGAGGCCCAGAGCUACCAACUCUCAUGUGAGCUGGAGUCCCCAUUGCAGUCAAACAGCAAGAUCCCCAAGGCCAACAAGCACACAAGCAUUGGGAAGCAAUGGAGAAACCACAAGGUCCCCAAGACAGAGCUCAGUAGUAGCAGAACCUCCCACUCCAAGAGGUGUAACCAGCUUAGCUGUGGCUCCGAUUUCAGCAGUGGGGACACUGGUGACCAACUCUGUGUGGACCCAGCUGGCUCUACCAGCUCACACAUGGAGGGAAUCCACAUGAGCUGUGUCCUGGGGUCUCCUGAUGGCCAGGAUGAGAAGACAAGCUCACAGCUUUCCACAUUCUCCUAUAUGGUGCCAGCCUUCACUGUCUCCACAUAA